CCAUGCAUGUAGAGAAUCUUCAAUACGAUCUGCUGAUCGCGGGCCCAGCCAGGGGGACGGUAACCAAGGAAAUGUCCAGAAAUCGAGAGGGGCCAGCGUCGACCGAGGGUCGGGUCGACGGACUGCAAGCGUCAGUUGCCAGCGGCGGAGGCUGCACGGCCCAGACGAGAAGCUCCCGAGGAAGAUACCGCAGUAGCGCUCUUCACACGUGAUCGCGACACGGUACGCGUGAUCGUGCCAGACAAGUUGCUCAGGCUGCAGCAGCGUCCGCGUCGUGCACACCCGCACUACUUAUGUACCACCGCACCCGCACCACGGAGGAAUGCUCGCACACGACA